CUUUAGUUUUCGCACAAACUGGAGAUAACUUCAUUGCAAACUGAAGGUUCUCCUGUCAACAUUGACUUUGAGAUGUGGGAAAUACGUUUAAAUAACAGAAUAAAUGUGUGGCAGUAACUCGAGCACUUGAAAUAGAGAGUGAUAAUGUGGCAAACGAGAAUCGACAUGUCUCGAGACGAAUGCAGAAAAUGUUUGAGGUGUCUGGAGUUGGAUGCGUAUGGGAACAUGGUAUCUGUGCUCAGGGCCCAGGGAUCCUUCACAGAGGACAAGAAAAGACUCCUUGAGGAGCUAGCCAAGGUACUGCAUAUCUCGAAUGAACGACACCGGGCUGAGGUCAGACGAGCUGCGAACGAUGAGAAGCUAUCGAUUAUAGCUGAACAACUGAAUGGCCCAAACACCUGGACCGAUUGGGCAAUCGAGGGAAGGAGAACAAUUCCACUAUUACCUCGAUUAAAGGCGCAUACGGCAUUCACUGGACUGGCAAAUACUCUAUCGUUAGUAAUUGCUACUGCAAAUGAGAAGAGAGUGCCAUUCGAGGAGAAACGAGCAGAAUCAAUGGUUAAAGGAGAGACAGCAUCUGGGAACGACCUGACAGUUCCCGAGAAGACUACCCAGAAGCCUCAGCUCUGUCCACCCAAGAUACGUGGGAGAAAACGAAAAAAAUCAUCAGUAGAGAAUUGUCAAGACGUGAAAAAUCCCAAACUGAGUACCACUGAUGUGAACAAUCAUGGUUCAAUUAUUAACUCCAUUAUUAAUGACUUAAGUAGAGAAGUAAGAACAUCGCCGUCCCCACUGCCGUUAAACUCUGUCGAGGCUGUAAACGAUACAGAAAUGUCAAUAUCAAAAUCGCCAGAAACUCCUCAACCCGCUGGAGACUCCUCGGAGACACUCCAAAACUGUACAGUUCCUUCGAUAAAUAAACUCCAGACUAACGAAAGCACAGAUACAAUAAAUUGCCAAUUAGAGAUAAAUCGAACACCAGAUACUGCCAUUACAAAAAUCCCCUACAAUGUUAAUUACGACGUUGAUUCGAAUUCAGAAAGUCUGAGUCCUGAGGUAAAUUCACACGAACCUAACGAUGUAAUAAUGACAAUUGAAGAAGAAAUCAUGGAGUUCAAAGAAGAGGAAAAUAGGAGAGGAAGAAAUAAUGUGCAUAGAAUUGAUGACGAAGCAAGUGCUUUAGAGGAGAUGGAAACGGACGAAGAUUUGCUGACAAUGUCUAGUGUUCAGAGGAUACAAAGUACAAAUUAUGAGAGGAAAAAUUUAGAUGUUUCUAGUUGUUUAGAAGGGAUUGAGGACAUCAGUGACGAUAAUUCACAGUCCAGUGAAUCUGCACACGCUCAGGAAGAUAUAGAGACGACAGAGGGAAGCCAGUCGGAGGUUGACGUGCACAAUGAUGGAUCAGAAAUGAAGAAGAGGAUUAAAUUGAACUCCAAUAGCACAAUAAAUAUCAGCAGUUCAAAUCAUUAUCGAUUAGACUCGACAAGAAAUAUCAUUAUGGUACAAAAAGGAGUGACGUUAUCUCAUGGUGGAAAGGGUAUGUUAAAUAAAGUAAUUGCCGAGGAUAGCCUAAGAAUCUCCAACAAACCCCUGGUGAUACUGCCUCAUCAUAGUCUCCCCAAUAAUACCGAGCAGGUGAUAAAUUCAGACGUUAAAAAAUCAGUGGACACUAUUGUAUUAGACAUCAGGCAGGAUGAUUUAGAUUUAGAGAGCCACGAGGAUUGUUUAGAGAACACGAACUGCAAGACGAAUUCGAUCGAUUCAAUGGGGGAGCAAAGUCAAGACUGUGGUGAUGAUGGUGAUGCGAUAGGUGGAAAAGCUGAGGAUUUCAUGCAGGAUAUUGAAGAAGGAAUGGGUGUGAUUGCUGAAGAUACUGAGCAAAGUAAUGACAUCUCUGGCCAUGGAAAUUGUGUGGAAGAUGCAGUAGAAACGAUUGAAGACACUGGGGAAGCCGUCGCAGAGGGAAUACUCAUUGAGCAGGAGAAUGAGACUGUUCUAAUUGAUGCUCAAACUGAAAUAUAUAAUUUCGAAUCGACUGAUGACACUGUUUGUGAAAUUCAAAUCGAAGAAACAGUUCCAACGUCCACCCUGGACCUUCUCACGACUCCCCUGACCCCCGAAGUCGUGGCCCUCGAAAAUUACCCGUAUGAAGAGGAGACGGACAUCCUUGAGGAUGACUCCCCACCAGUGUCGACGUCUCACGUCGAGCAGCUCAAUCAUUACGACUCGUAACAAAUUAGAUGAUAGCAGGACAUAAAAUCCUAAAUUGUUGAAUUCUUCAAUCACUCGUGGGAAAAAAAACAGUAAAAAAUCAUUAUGACGUACCACAGCUUGAAGAAUAUUAUUAAUAUAUAUUUUAUACGUGUAUAUGUAAGUUUCGAUGGAUUUUGUUCGACAGCGUUAUCAACCUUUUUUUAAUUUAUGCAGAGAGAAUAAUCGACGUCAGAUAAAUUAUUAGUCUAAACAAUGGCUUUUGAGAAGAGCAAAUUUAUUUUUAAAAUACGCUAAUUGCUCAUCAUUGAAUUUGUAAACUAAGUUAUGAAAAUAAGUGCCAAGAAUAUUUUUUGCAAGAUUUCGUAUUAAGAAAAUUGAUAAAAUGGAAAGGAUUUUAAUUAUAAAAAUGGAAAUAAAACAAUUUUUUUGUGAAAGGAAGACUGUCUUAAU